UUUAAGAAGUCAUGGAGAAAAUAAUGGAAACUGAAGUUCAAAAAUUUUAUCGAAAUAAAAAUGUUCUAUUGACAGGAUGCACAGGAUUCAUUGGAAAAGUUGUUCUUGAGAAACUUUUGCGUGUGACUGAAGUAAAUUGCGUAUAUUUAAUUGUGCGACCCAAAUUAUAUGAUAAAUUACAUGAAACUAAAAAAGAUUUUAUGCAAAAACUAAAACUAAUUAAAGGCGAUUGUAUUCAACCACAGCUGGGAGUUAACAAAGAAGAUCGCAAAUUUCUUAUAGAGAAUGUAAAUAUUAUAUUACACUGUGCCGCCACAACACAUAUGAAUAACCCUCUAAAGAGUGCCUUACCCAUAAAUUUUGGUGCCACAGUGUCCCUCUUAAAGAUGGCGAAAGAAAUGCUAAUGUUGCAGUCAUUUGUGCAUGUUUCCUCGGCUUUUGCUAAUUGCCUUACGCAGCAUAUCGAAGAACGUUUCUAUACUGAAGAUUUGGGCAUAAACACUUCCCAAAUUUCAGAAGACGAUAUAUUUAAUGAACAAUUUGUUAAUAAUUUAGAUAAAGAUUUUUGCAAGAAGUAUCCUAAUAGUUAUACCUUUACAAAAGCAAUGGCAGAGGAUGCGGUUUUAAAAUGUGAAAACUUGCCAGUAUGCAUUUGUCGGCCUGCAAUAGUAAGUUCUACAUGUAAAGAUCCAAUCAUUGGAUGGACUGAUAAUCACCAAGGACCUUUUGGAAUUUUGUUUUCAGUAGCUACUGGUUUACUACGUAUCAUGUACAUAAAUCAUGAUGUUAAUGCUGUUUUGGUUCCUGUUGAUUAUUGUGCAAAUCACAUACUUGUUUGUGCUUGGAGGACCUCAAACUUAAACACAAAUCUGACACCAUUAAUCUAUAAUUUCGCUACUGAUGAGCACAAUCCCAUCAGCUGGAAAAAUGCCAGCAAUCUUGUAGCUUUACAUGGCUCCAAAAUUCCAAUAAGUAAAACGAUAUGGUAUCCGUUUCUAAUUUUGUGCAAAUCGAAGAUAUAUUAUAAAGUAGCUAGACCAAUUGUGAAUAUUUUACCGUAUCUGCUUGUCAAACUAUUCUUGGCUAUAACACGCAAUAAGACAAGAAUUAUCAACAUCUCUGUAGUAGAGAAACCUGUGAAAAAAGUAGAGUAUUUUGUAACACAUAACUGGAUUUUUACUAUGCACAAUACAAAGCGACUAUGGAACUCAUUGUCCACAGAAGAUCAGGAAUUGUUUAAUUUUGACAUGUUGUCACUCGAUUGGUCCGAAUACAUACGUACCAAUUUGUGGGGAAUGCGAAGAAUUGUAGCUAAAGAAGAACCGGAUACAAUCCCUAAGAGUAUUGAGCGUGUAAAAAGGUAUUCAUAA